AUGAAAGACAGGCUAACCCUGCUUCUGUGCGCCAAUGCUAGCGGUGACUGCAAAAUUAAACUGCUGCUGGUGUACCAUUCAGAAAACCCCAGGCCAUUCAAGAAGAACGGUGUGCAAAAGAGCAAACUCAGUGUGGUGUGGAGGGCAAACAAGAAAGCCUGGACAACCAGGCAGUUCUUCAUGGAGUGGUUUGAGGAGGUGUUUGCACCUGCAGUGAAGACAUACCUAAUAGAGAAGAAUCUACCACUCAAGGCCCUCCUGUUGAUGGACAAUCCCCCUGCACACUCUCCAGGCGUGGAAGAAGAAUUGGGUAAGGGGUAUAAAUUCAUCGCAGUGAUGGUCCUCCCCCCCAACACCACGCCACUGAUCCAACCCAUGGACCAGAAUGUCAUCAUCGCCAGCUUUAAGAAGCUGUACACAAAAGCACUUUUUGAGAGGUGCUUUGAGGUGACUUCUGAAACAGAGAUCACUCUGAGGGAGUUUUGGAAGAAUCACUUCAGUAUCCUCCACUGCCUAAGGCUUAUAGAUAAAGCCUGGGGUCAAGUUUCUGUGAGGUCCUUGCUCUGCCUGGAAAAAUUUGUGGCCAAGGAUUUUGAGGGAUUCGAGCCUUCAGUCCAGGAGUCUGCUGUGGUGGAGGACAUUGUGUCUCUGGGGAGGGCCAUAGGCAUUGAGGUGGACAGUGAUGAUGUGGAGGAGCUGGUACAAGCACACUCUGAAGACCUCACCACUGACGAGCUGCGUCAACUUCACCAGGAACAGCUGCAGGAGGCAACUGAGGAGCUGUCUUCAGGGGAGGAGGAGGGGAACAGCAAGGAAAGAGUCUCCACUGCAGAGAUCAAGAAAUAUUUGCGGCAGUGGACAGAGUUGGGAAACUUUUUGGAGAGUGGGUUCACAGGAAUCACACCAGGAGACGAGUUACCAGACGGUGACUCGUCCUCCGACGAAUAA